AACUAGAAGAAGAGAGAAGAAGAUGCAAGUAUUGUUGUAUGUUCAUGCUGAUUUUGUCAGUUCAUCUAAAGUCCUGAUUUAGGAAAGUUAUUUUUUUCAAACUUAUAUCAUCCUACAUGUGAAGAAAGAAAAAAGGUGGUGUAUAAAGAGGAACAACUGCAAGUGUAACAACUGAAGAUUACUGACAUAAAAUGCAGUGUGUUAAAGAAGAGUUUAAAGAGGAGAGUGAAGACAUCAGUAUUACAGAAUCAUGCAGAAUUAAACAUGAAGAUACUGAGGAACAAAGAGUUUUCAUUUUAGACCUGACAGAAGUAAAAGAAGAAAGUCAAGAACUUGAAGUGAAGGAUAAACCCCAUCAGUAUCACACAUUUGAUUAUUUCAGAAACAGUGAACAGUCUUUUAGUGGUUUAAAGACAGAAAAUAAUUUCUCAAGAAAAAGAACUAAAAGAACAAGAGACACAAAUUGUUUCACCUGCUCUCACUGUGGAAAGAGUUUCACACACAAAGGAAACCUUAAAACUCACUUAAGGCUUCACUCUGGAGAGAAGCCUUUCACCUGCCUUCAAUGUGGAAAGAUUUUUGCACAAAAAGGAGAUCUUAAGUGUCACAUGAGAAUUCACACUGGAGAAAAGCCUUUCACCUGCCUUCAGUGUGGCAAGAGUUUCUCAGUGAGAGCAAACCUUAAGAGUCACCUACGACUUCACUCCGGAGAGAAGCCUUUCACAUGCCUUCAGUGUGGAAAGAGUUUCAUACAGAAAGGACAUCUUCAGCGUCACAUGAAAAUCCACACUGGAGAGAAACCUUUUACAUGCCCUCUGUGUGGAAAGGGUUUUGCACAAAAUGGACAUCUUCAGCUUCACAUGAGAAUUCACACUGGAGAGAAGCCUUUCGCCUGUUCUCAGUGUGGAAAGAGUUUCACACAAGCAGGCAAUCUCACAGUUCAUCUGCAAUAUCACUCUGGGUUUAAGCCAUUUAACUGUGAUCAGUGCGGCAAGACAUUUACGAGUGCAUCAAAGCUAAAAUUACACCUGAUAUCUCAUGCACAGGAGAAGCCUCACGUGUGCUCUUUUUGUGGAAAGAGUUUUAUUACAUCAUCAAUCAUGAAAGAACAUGAGAGAGUGCAUACUGGAGAGAAGCCAUUCAAAUGCACUAAAUGUGAAUAAGUUCGUGCCUUGGGUGACGUGUGCUUGAGUGUCAGGAGCUGUUCGAUGCAGUGCUGCUUUUCGCCACAAGAGGGAGUGGAGUACCAGUAUCCAUCUGCAUUUGUUUAUUCUAAAACAUCUGCUAACUUUGAAGAAGUACUAUUUUAAAGACUGACCAAUAAAAAAAUGCAAGUUUGAAGACAUAUUUGAAAAAAAAUUUUUGAAAAAAAAUACAAACAUUUAGGACUGUGUUUUGAUAUCAAAAUAAUUUUGUGAGGACUGAAAUUCUAACAAAAAAACUUUUUCAAGG